AUGGGCCUACAAAAUCUGCGAGCACGUCUCCCUCUAUUUGAUUUUUCCAAGUUGAAUUUUCGUGAUUCUGACGUGCUUAAUAAGCGAAAACUCAGCAUAAGCAGAGAGCAGUUUGGCUUUUUUACUCGUUCGAUGGUUGCCGAGGUCAAUGAGAAAUAUGCUCAAAAGGCACAGAACGGUUACGAUUUAUCAUCAGCAGAUGCUCGCUUUGUCCAGCCUUUUCCAAAUUUGCCUCCUUCAGUUCCGAUUCGACCGAUUUUGGUUGAGGCUCCCCCGCCUCUUCGGCCCUGGAACGGCGGCGUGCCCAAAUCGGUUCUUCGCAAUCGCGAAGCGCAACGACGCGCCUGUUUAUCCCGUUUAGCUCAACUCAACGAACGUCGUUGCAGCCUUCUAGUAUACUCUCUUACUUCACCCUCUUCUACCUUGACUUCUCCUCAAAAUCGGCUGGUACCUACUGACAACGCUUUACAUCUGACAGUGACUCCAAAUGCAUCGGAACCGCAAGACACGCUUUUCCUCAGCAAUUCAUCCAGUCUACUGGGCUUCGGUGACUGGGACACCGCGUGCCAACUCGGCCCUGAUCUGAUUCACUUCAUAACUCGUCUUCUAAACCAACCCUUGUUAGAGCCCAAACCUUGCGUUACAAAUCAUCUCGAUUCGCAGCUGGUUGCUGGAAAGAGACAACUCAGCGAACCUAGAGCUUUCGUCCGUAGCUUUGCAUCUCUGGCUUGCCGCCGAAGUUUAGCCUGGUGGCCUGGAGCCUGUCAGGAGCUGGCUGCUGACGGACGUGUGGCUGAAAGUUCUGGGUUCAUCAAACCGACAAUUAUCGAUCUGGCUAGCGGCUUCAAUGGACCCGUUGAACUUCUACCUCCUUCUUUGUCCAGCAGCCAU